CUACGAGAAGCAGUUCGACUGACCCGAAAUUUCUACAUUCCUCGUUACAUUUCCGCUCUGCUCUGCUGAUUCGUUUUGCGGAUUGCGAUUGAAGAAAAAAAAAACGUCUAAACUGGUGGCGAUCUCUCAAGAAAGGGCCCACCUCCGUGCGGUAAUGUAUUUCAGUGUCAUUGUCUUCUUGGCAACUCUGACUUCAGUCGUUCAGUGCUUUACUGACCCGCAGGAUGUUUUAGCUCUUCUCAAUCUGUAUAGUACCCUAAACUACCCACCAGAGCUUAAAGGAUGGGGAACAAAUGGUGGGGAUCCUUGCGGUGGAACGUGGACUGGGGUGUUUUGUGUUGGUUCAUCUGUAAUAGACCUUAAACUUAAUAGAUUAAACCUUUCUGGGAAUCUUGGAGACCAGCUUUAUCUUCUCCAUAAUUUGAAGCGACUGGAUGCUAGCUGCAAUAAAAUUCUGGGUGAAAUUCCUUCCGGGUUACCCCCGAAUGUCACCUAUAUGAAUCUAAGCCAUAAUGUGCUAUCUGGCCCCAUUGCAAAUGUUUUUUCUGGCCUACAAAAUCUUGUGGAGAUGGAUCUGUCAUAUAACAACUUCACUGGAGAUUUAUCAAAUUCAUUUGCUUCUCUGACUAAUAUCAAUAGACUGUUCUUGCAGGAAAACAAAUUCACAGGGUCGGUUUCCUACUUAUCUCAUCUUCCAUUAACUGAUUUGAACAUCCAAGACAAUUACUUUAGCGGCACUAUUCCAGAGCAUUUUAAGACAAUUGCACAUUUAUGGGUUGGGGGAAAUAGGUUCGAUGUGAGUAAAUCUCCAUCCUGCGAUUUUUCCUUAGAAAAAGCACCUUUGACGCACAACAAUAGCAGGCCUCCAUUAACCGAGUCAAUUAUCUUUGAGAAAUGUCCCUACAAGAAAAAGGUUGGGAAAAAGGGGGGGAAAUUAGGUCCUGGUGGAAUAGCUAUAGUGGCUGGUGGAGGUGGUUUUGUGAUAAUCCUUGCAGCUCUAUUUAUUGCAAUCUGCAAGACUCAAAUAUGUGCAAAGAAAGGGAGCAUGAAGCUCGUAAACAUGUCUCUUCCAAUCAGCACAGCUGCAGAUGAUAGUUCAAAUGUCUUGCCUGUCGGUUCUCCAGUCAUAGGUGGCGGUCCAAAUCAUGCCUGUUCUACUCGUCAUGCCAGAACUGAGAGGGCAUAUGGCAGAAGAAGUUUCUGUAGGAGAUCCAGGUUCCCAGUGAAAACAAAAACUUACAACGUGACUGAGCUUGAGUCUGCUACUAACAAGUACAGUGAAGAAAACCUUCUUGGAGAGGGAUCUCUUGGUUCUGUCUAUAAAGCUGAAUUUCCCGAUGGCCAAAUUUUGGCUGUGAAAAUGGUUGAUAUGGAAGCACUCUCUUUCACAGAAGAACAACAGUUUUUGGAUGUGGUCUGCACGAUUACUCGUUUGAGGCACCCUAACAUUGUUAGCCUUCUUGGAUAUUGUGUAGACAAUGGGCAACAUCUACUAACCUAUGAGUAUGUCGGGAAUCUGUCUCUUGAUGAUGCUCUGCACAGCGUCGGACAAAACCUUCUAUCGUGGAGUGUUCGACUCCAAAUUGCUCAUGGAGUUGCCAAGGCUUUGGAUUACUUGCAUAAUGCUUUUUUCCCCCCAUUGGCGCACUUCAAUUUGAAGGCCGCCAACAUCAUGCUUGAUGAAGAAUUAAUGCCGAAGAUUUGUGACUGUGGUUUGUCUGUUUUAAAGCCUCUUGUAAGCAAUGGAGUUAAAAUCAAGGCUGCUCAAAUAGCUAUUGCUGACACUGGCUACUUUGCACCUGAAUAUGGUCAGUCUGGGAUUGAUUAUACCAAAAGUGAUGUGCAUGCAUUCGGUGUAUUGCUUUUGGAGCUUAUUACAGGAAAAAAACCGAAUGAUUUGAGACCAGGGAUCGAGCAAUCUCGGUUAAGACGGGCGUCAUUUCAGCUUCACGAUUGUGGGAGUCUAGACGAGAUUAUCGAUCCUGACAUUAAAGGAACAAUAUCCUCCAAGGUUCUCUCUCGCUAUGCUGAUAUUAUCACCCUUUGUAUACAGCCUGUAACAAAGCGUCGGCCUCCUAUGUUCGCCAUUGUCGGGUACCUGACAAGUAUUCGGAGAAGGGUCGAGAUGGAAAAACGUGCUGCAGUAGUAAGUAAAGCAGUUGACACCUUUGAGAAAUCCUUCCAUACAACUAACACAGGCUUCAUGAGCUCGCCAACAUAUAGCUGCUCAUCCAUCUGAUCUUGUUGGACACCAAUUGACCAGAAUAAUUAGAGUCAUUUCCAUUUCAUAUCUCUUAGAUGACAAGGAAAAAGUUCCAAGAUCAGCCAGAAGUUUUGUUGACUAAAUUCUCAUGUAUAGCAGGUUUGAGCUCGAUAGAGUCGUUACUCUUUGUGUUGAUUGUAACAAUGCAGGCCGUGGCCAAUUUCUGGUCCUAUAUGAAACUCACUUGAACAAGAAAGUUACUGAAUUAAGAGAACAAAAAAGUUUGUGAUAGACUCGGUUGCCUUUUUUUUC